CAGCUGAGAAGCGAGAGAACCCUUGUCCAUACAGAGAGGGGAAAAAGGAGAAAGAUUCACUCUUUUAAGAGAAUUUCCCUAGUGUGUGUGCCUUCACGUAUUUUUCUUUGCCUUUUUCCUGGUCUCCAGCUUUCUCCAAAGGCUAGGGUUUUACAGAAUAUAGUAUGUUAAAAAAAAAAAAAGCCUUUGUUGGUGAUGCCUUUUCCUUUUCCUUAAGUUCCCAGCUUCACUGUUAUUUUUUUAUUUAAUUUUCAUUUGAUUCUUAAGCAUUAAGUUUAUACGUUGAGCUCCAAUUCCGGUUUUUGCGUUUGGAGAGUGCAUUGAAUUUUCUCUCUUGCUUAAUUUUCGUUUAUUCUUCCAGCAUUUGCUGAAAUUUAAGCUCCUCACUUCCUCUCUGGGAGGAUGCUGUCCUGAUUAGCUUCGUCGGUGAAUUUUGAACUGAGCUGGGGAUCAAUGGGUGGUAUAAGAUGUGCUUUUGAGUUUAAAGGAGCGAAGAUCUAUGGACAAGUUUUGUUGGGAUUCAUGUUGAUCUGCACGAUUCAGUUUUCACAAGCGGACACGAAUCCUACUGACGUUUCUGCUAUAAAUAACUUGUAUGCUUCGCUGGGCUCCCCUGUUCUCCCUGGGUGGGUUCCAAGUGGGGGAGACCCAUGUGGACAAGCAUGGCAAGGCAUUCAGUGUAAUGGAUCAGAUAUACAGGCAAUAGUUCUUGUUGGUGCAAAUUUGGGAGGCGAACUUGGUGAUAGCUUGGGAACGUUUGUUUCCAUAAAGAAAAUAGAUCUAAGCAACAACCACAUUGGAGGAAGAAUCCCAUCAAGCUUGCCAGUCUCCUUGCAAAAUUUUUUUCUUUCAGAUAACCAGUUCACGGGAAGUAUUCCAACCUCUUUAUCUACUUUGACUGAACUGACUGUCAUAUCUUUUAACGAAAAUCAAUUAUCAGGAGAAAUCCCGGAUGUAUUUCAAUCACUUGCAAAAUUGGUUAAUCUAGAUUUAUCGAAUAAUAAUUUAAGUGGGGAACUGCCUCCAUCUGCAGAGAAUUUGUCAACUUUGGCCUCCCUACAUUUGCAGAACAAUCAACUAUCUGGGACCCUUGAUGUUUUACGAGACCUUCCGCUGAAUGAUUUGAACGUGGAGAACAACCUAUUCAAUGGACCAAUUCCUCAAAAGCUUCUAAGCAUCCCAAACUUCAGAAAAGAUGGGAAUCCAUUUAAUGUUAAUGUUAAUGUUACUACACCUUCAGCCUCUCCAUCUCGUUCUCCGGCAUCAACAUCACCAGGAACCCUGGUUCCUGGAGCCCCAACUUCUGGACGUGCACCUACUAAGCCGGCUGAAGGACCAACUGCAUCAAAGGAAUCAAAUUCUGGAAAAUCAAGAAAGAACACGAAAAGGGUGGUUUGGAUAUCAAUUGCAAGUGUGUUAGGAUUUAUUAUUUUGGUCUUGGCUCUCCUUCUCUUUACUCCAAGAUGUAGAAGAAGGGAAAGGGUUGGCAGGAUUUCUAAGCAACAUCAAAUUGGAGCAUAUGGAGAUGACAGACACAAUGCUAGGGAUCAUGGGACUUCAGUCCAACCACCCAGUCAAACUGAGAAAGUACCAAAGGGGCCUGUUCUGAGGAUGAAAGAAGAUCAAGCAGAGACCAGGAGAGUAGAAGCUAUUCCCAGGUCACAUGAUGAGCAAGAGAAAGAUGUGCGAAGAAUGGGAACAUUACCCAAGCUGAAUGAUCAUGAGAUAGAUAUGAGCGCACUAGAUGCCUGCUCAUUGCCCCCUCCCCCUCCCCCUCCCCCUCCAUCACCGCCCCCGCCCCCGCCCCCGCCACCCCCACCACCACCCCCACCGCCUGAGGAGAAGGUGACUGUUGAGCCAAUCCCUUUCCAUGGAGGGGCUACAAUCAAUCCUUCUGUUAAAAAACCAGUUUCCCCCACUUUUGCAAAAUCUUUCACCAUUGCAUCACUGCAACAGUGUACAAACAGCUUUUCUCAAGAAAACCUUAUAGGAGGUGGCAUGCUGGGGAGUGUGUAUAGGGCAGAGCUUCCUGAUGGGAAGCUACUUGCUGUGAAGAAACUGGAUAAAAGAGUUUCUGAUCAUCAAAAGGAUCAGGAGUUUCUUGAACUAGUAAACAAUAUUGACAGAAUCAGGCAUGCAAAUAUUGUUGAGCUUAUCGGUUACUGUGCUGAGCAUGGCCAAAGGCUUCUGAUCUAUGAGUACUGCAGUUAUGGAUCACUUCAGGAUGCAUUGCAUUCAGAUGAUGAGUUCAAAACAAGAUUGUCAUGGAAUUCUCGCAUUCAGAUAGCCCUUGGGGCAGCUAGAGCCUUAGAGUAUUUGCAUGAGAUCUGCCAACCACCUGUUGUGCACAGAAAUUUCAAGUCUGCCAAUAUUCUCCUUGAUGAUGAUCUGUCUGUGCGUGUUUCUGAUUGUGGUUUGGCACCCUUGAUUGCUUCAGGUUCUGUAAGUCAGCUCUCAGGGCAUCUGCUAACAGCUUAUGGCUAUGGAGCUCCAGAAUUUGAGUCUGGAAUUUACACAAACCAGAGUGAUGUAUACAGUUUUGGAGUGGUUAUGUUAGAACUAUUGACAGGCCGCCAGUCCUAUGACAGGACACGCUCUCGAGGAGAGCAAUCUCUAGUUAGAUGGGCAAUUCCCCAACUCCAUGACAUUGAUGCCUUAUCAAAUAUGGUAGAUCCUUCUCUUAAUGGAGACUACCCAGCCAAAUCAUUAUCAAACUUUGCAGACAUUAUUUCUCAAUGUGUUCAGUCGGAGCCAGAAUUUAGGCCACCUAUGUCAGAGGUUGUUCAAUACCUACUAGAUAUGAUAAGGAAGGGAUCUCGCAGAAGUGGAUCAAAUGAAGAGUGAGGAAAAGUAGUAACAUGUCCUCGUAAAUGAAUGUGCAGAGGUUUACCUCCAGAGUAUCAAGAAGUAGAAGUACACAUGUCAAAUAGUCGUCCCCUUGCUUCUUUGCUUCCAACUAACCCAUGAAGUAUUCAUGUGAAGUACUAGCGGGAGGAGAUUUGUUCUAUCAGCUUAAGAGUAUUGUAGUGGUCGCCAAUCCUCCCUCCUCAUUCUUGUCAUUUUUAUUUGACAGUUCCUAUGUAUAGUUCUUUAAAACCUUGCCAUGAUAUUUGUAUUGCACAGAAAUUAGUACUGACUAACCCAUUUGUUUGAUAAUUAUUUCCAAAUAUUUGGUAAUGAAAGGUAAUUUCAUUGUGCACUUGUUUGAUUC